CUUUUUCUACUUUUUUUUUGUUAUUUUUGAAAAAGAAACAUGGGCAAAAAGAGAAAGACAAAGCAAAUCAGGCCUUGGUGUUGGUAUUGUGAAAAAGACUUUGAGGACGACAAAGUGCUAGUAACACAUCAAAGAGCAAAACACUUUAGAUGUGAAGUAUGCAGCAAAAAAUUGACUACUGCAGGUGGCAUGGUAGUGCAUGCACAGCAAGUUCAUAAAAUCGAGAUUUAUAAGGUCCCUAAUGCACUUCCAGGAAGAGAUAAUUUAGAUAUUGAAAUAUUUGGUAUGGAAGGUAUUCCCGAAGAAGAUCUCGUUGCACAUGAGCUCAAGGUAGCUGGUUUAAAUAACAGUAAAAAGGCAAAAACGUCAACAGGUGGGUCAGGUCAGUAUAGUGAACUGACAUUAGAAGAGAUUCAAGCACAAAUGGCUGCUCAUAAGGCGACUGCUAAUCCUAAUUUGACAACAACGACAACUUCCAACAUCACUACUUCAGCUGCACCAACGUCAGCAACCAUUACGGCGGCUCCAGCUAAACCAGCUACAGCUACAGUUGCAGCAGCACCUCCACAGUACUAUUAUGGUCAACCUUAUGGUGAUUACUAUAAUCAAUAUUAUGCCAACUAUUAUGGUGCACCCGGAGGCUACCCAUAUGGUUAUCCACAAGCACCGUAUCCUGCAACAGAAUAUCCAGCUUACGGAACCAUGCCCGUACCUGGUGCUCCACCCAUGCCACCAACAGGCAUGACUCCACCUGUUCCAAACACGUCAGCUUCGUCUGAUGCGACUCAAGUGAAUACCAUCUCUACAGCCACACCGACCUCAUCAUCGCCACCACCGCAACCACAAGCAGCAGCGCCACCAUCAACAACAACAACAGCAGUAGAAACAUCGCCACCAUCAGGACAGGAAACACAAAAUACGACUACUGAUUCAACUACAGGAUUCACUACCACAAAGAAGAAAGCAACCAAGGUAGUGUUGAUAUUUAAUAAUCAAGACUAUUCAGCGGAGGAACAAAGGGCACUAUUAGAUAAGUAUAGAGUGAAAUAAGUUUCCCCCCCUUCUUUCUUUUUGAUUAUUGAUUAUUGAAAUCAUACGAAAAAAAAUAAAAAAGUGUGUCAAAAAAAGAACCUUUCUCGUGUUACAUUAUCACGUUU